AGUCUUCGGAUCCGAGCACAUUUUUAAUCCUACAUCAUUCUCAGCAGCUAGAAAUAUCGCUUCCUCUUCCUUGCAUCGCUCCAUCGAAUGGAUUCGAAGUACUCCGCUGACGCUGUCGCAGCCGCUAGGAGUCUCCAAGUCUUUACGUACAUAUAUAGUAUGUGCUACUUCACUUGACUCGGCCAGCUGCAUCUGCUCACGCAAUCUAGCUUCGAUGGCUACAUUCUGGAUAUACGACUAUGCAUGCUCAGUCCGUCAGGAGGGGACGUUUUUGUUUUGUUCCCGCUGGAGCAGGGUCAAAUUUUUGUACGUUGUAACGCGAUAUGUUCCUUUCCUUCUUUUUGUCGCCCACUUGACUUUGAACUUUGUCCCAGACGAGACUUCCAAUAUGUGCCAAUUUGUCAACAACGUUUGCUCAGCUUUCAGCCUGAUAUCCAUCGUUUGCUCAGAAUGUUUCUUCAUACUCAGGACGUAUGUACUAUGGAAUCAAAAUAAGGUUGUUCUUGUGGCUAUGAUAUUAACUUUUGCGGGUGUAAUUGUGGGGUCCAUGGUUGCCCUCUUUUCUUCCACUGCGACUGCGCCUUUCGAGACCAGUUCAAUUUCAGGCAUCACAGGCUGUUAUCAGUCCUCAGGAAGUGCCGGACUUUUUGUCCCUUUCCUGCUUUUGUUCGGAUUAGAAUUGAUGCUCAUUUCCCUCACACUCACAUGUGCCGUACGGAACUGGCGUACAACCCACAACCGUUUAUAUGUUGUUCUAUUGAAACACAAUGUGUUUUAUUAUGCAUGUGGUUUGUUUUUCUCAGCUGUGAAUGUUCUGACAUCACUGUUACUCGAUUACGCGUAUAGCGGCAUGUUCCAAGAUUUCCAGUUCAUCAUUCACGCCAUACUCGCCACUCGAAUGCACCUCCAUCUGUGGCAUGCCGACCGCAAUCGUCAUUGUAAUGACUUUGAUUCAAUUUCUCUCUCCCAGUUCGCACCCGUACCCCAUACUGAGUCAUGCUAACUAUUGGCGUGUUUGCUUUCACAUAAUGGUCUGGAACGAAGGAACAAUUUCAAUUCACUACUUCAGUAGCUUCGCCCGGCGAGAUCGGAUUAUCAUUUGUGUUCAAAAAAAUCGGGGCAUGCCUAUAAAUUAACUAUAUAAUAAAUGUAUGUACUACUUAUGGGGUGUGCUCCUUACUCUAUUUUGAAAGUACGCAAAGAUCCUAUGAGUCGAGUUCCUGAAAUGUA